AUGUCUAACGUUUGUGCUGGAUGUCAUAAUUCUGUUAAGGGUAUACACUCUCUGAGAUGUUCUCUAUGUUCCUCGGUCUACGACUUACAAUGUGCAGGAACCAGUGAUAAAAGGUUUAAUGCUAUGCUACCAGAAAAAAAGUCCUCGUGGAAAUGUCCUGCGUGUCUUAAUCUACGACCCAAGCUUGACAAUACUAAUACGCCUAUCCGAAACAUACAAAAAGAGCCAGUCUGCGACGAUUUGAGCUCUCACGUAGCUGAUAGCAAUAUAACGCUUAGAAAUAAAAUGGGGGGCUCAAGCCGGUCGCGACCUAACGCUAGUGAUAAUUCCAACCCUGUGACUGAAGCGAGCUUGCAAAAAAUACUAGAUUCAUUUAAAAGUGACAUGACCGAAGUGAUACAAAAUGCUGUCACCAAAGCAGUGUGUGACAAGUUUAGUACGUUAACAAAACAAAUUUCAGACUUUCAUGAAUCACUUACGUUUUUAAGCGACCAGUACGAAGCUCUUAAACUGCGCGUACAGGAAAAUGAUAACAUAAUGACUAAUCUAACGAAAGAAAAUGCUACCUUGGUGAUUACUGUUAAAGAUCUCACAAGUCGUCUAGCCUACACUGAGCAACAUCUACGUGAAAGUAAUUUAGAAAUUAAUGGCAUUCCUGAAAACCGUAGUGAAAAUCUUUUGAAUUGCUUGAACCAAUUGGCUAAAGUAGUGAAUGCCGAUAUUAAGGACGAUGACAUAAUGCAUGUAACUCGCAUAGCCAAAAUAAAUAAAGAUGAUGGUCGGCCGCGCGCUGUUAUUGCCAAAUUAAGAAGCCCCCGCCAUCGCGACAUCCUACUUGCUGCGGUGCAAAAAUAUAAUAAAUAUAAUAAUGAUGAUAAAUUAUGUACAAAUCAUCUGGGGAUCGGUGGUACUAAAAAGCCAGUUUAUGUUGCUGAGCAUUUAACUCCUGCUAACAAAAUUCUUCAUGCUAAUGCAAGAUUAAGGGCAAAAGAAUUGAACUAUAAAUUUGUUUGGGUCCGAAAUGGCAAAAUAUUUGUGCGCAAAAAUGAAACCAGUCAGGCAUUGCAAAUCCGUUGCUUAGAUAGUCUAAAGAAAAUGGUUUAA